AUGACGGAGAAGAAGGAGACGAAGAAGGAGACGGAAACGAAGAAGAAGAACCGGGACCACCGGUCGGCGUCGGGUGACCAGGGGCCCACGGACCGGGCCAGGCGCGGGGCCCGAGACGUGGCGUCUACGUUCCGACUGUUUGUCACGGCAGAGUUAGAGGCGCUCAUACUGGAUCACACCAAUCGGGAGGGUGUCCGCCGCCGCGGAGACGAGUGGCGGGAGAUGGACUCGGUGGACCUGCGCGCAUACAUGGGUCUGCUGAUUCUGGCGGACGUGUACAGGUCCAGAGGCGAGGCCGCCGCCAGCCUGUGGGACGCGGAUAGCGGUCGAGCUAUCUUCAGAGCCACCAUGUCCCUCAAAACGUUUUACACGUACUCCAGACUGAUACGCUUCGACGACCGCGGGUCCAGACCACCGCGGCGUACCGCGGACAAGCUGGCUGCGAUAUGAGAGGCGUGAGAGGCGUGGGAGGCAUGGGAGGCGUGGGAGGCGUGGGCCGCGCGGUUGCCGCUCAUGUACAACCCAGGGCCCGAGGUGACGGUGGACGAGCAACUGGUUCCGUUCAGAGGUCGGUGUCCGUUUCGACAAUACAUGCCCAGCAAGCCUGUGAAAUACGGGAUCAAGUCCUGGGUGGCGUGCGACGCUCGGUCCAGCUACGCGUGGAAGAUGCAGGUGUACACAGGCAAGCUGCAGGGGGGUCGCCCAGAGAAGAAUCAGGGGACGCGGGUGGUGCUCGACCUCACGCGAGGACUGAGCGGGCGCAACGUCACGUGCGACAACUUCUUCACCUCGUACGACCUAGGACAGAGGCUCCUGAGGCGAGGGAUCACCAUGGUGGGGACCGUUCGAAAGAACAAGCCCGAGCUCCCGCCCGCGCUGCUGGCGACCAGGGAGAGGGCUGUCCUAUCCUGCAGGUUCGCAUUCACGCGCACCACCUUGGCUGUAUCGUACCUACCCAAGAGGAGCAAGAACGUGGUGCUGCUGAGCACGCUGCACGCCAUGCCCGAGGUCAGCGAUCGACCGGACGGCAAGCCCUCCGUGAUCCUGUGUUACAACGCCAACAAAGGCGGCGUGGACAACCUGGAUAAGGUGAUCGGUACGUACAGCUGCCGGAGGAUGACCGCUCGCUGGCCCAUGGCCGUGUUCCACAACAUGCUCGACGUGUCCUCCUACAACGUGUUCGUGAUUUGGAGAGAGGUCAACCCCGACUGGAUGCCCGGCAAGCGGAACAGACGGAGAGUGUUCCUGGAGGAGCUGGGCAAGGCACUCGUCGCCCCGCUCAUGCAACGUCGGAAACGCGUGCCCUGCGUGGACGCGGCGGCCGCGCUCGUGAAAGCCGUUCGCGUUGUCGGCGGGACGCGACCCGGUGGCACGGACGGCGAUACGGAGAAGGAGGAGGAGGAGGAGGAGGAGGCCCCGGCGCGGCCCGAGCCCGAGCCCGAGCCCCCUGGGCCUGCUAAGAGGAAGAGGUGUCGGUCGUGUCCACCCAAGACGGAUUGUAAAACGUCCACGGUGUGCUGCCGGUGUAAGACGUAUGUGUGUAGACGCUGCGCUCUCACAUACUGUCCCGCAUGCGCAGCCUAA